AUGUUGAACAGUUGUCCUGGGUCCAAGUGUCUUCUUUUUGAUGACUUCGCUGAACCAUCAAGUCUGCCCAGGCAGUACGCGAAGUUAUCGUUGACCCUUCUCUACUCUAAUCUCCUGUUGAUGAAGUUUCUUUGGCUCAUCACACCUGAUAUUCACCCCGACCCAUUUUCUUUCGAUCGACUAAUCCGACUCGGGCCUCCCAUCCAAAUUUCCCGCAUGGUCCCGUAG